AUGAGUCAAUAGCUGAUAGACGCGCUUCAAGAAUGACAUGCUCGGUUAGCGCCGGUCGGUGCGUUUAACAGGCUGUAUUGCACGACUCCAUAAGUUGUCGCGUCUGAGACUUAGCGUUUACGAAGACUGGCGCUCCUGUUUUAACCUUGUGAAAUAAUACAUUUGCUCCAAGCACAAGGCUUAUGCUUGCAAGAUGACCCUGCAGUGGAAUCGGUGUCAGUGCCCUUCGGAUUGAGCUAAACGCAGUCGUUGGUUAUGACUAUAUAUAUUUAAAAAAGGUCGGAGCGUGAAGAUGACGAUUAUUCCAAGAGAAGAAAUUACGUCGUUGUGAAACACGAUGGACUACAGACGGAAAAAGAAGUUGACGUACUUAACCAUUGGGCUCAUCUUUCUUCUCAGUGGUAUCGAAUAUGCUGUGAUAUUGCCCACAAUAUGGAGGUAUCUGCAGACUCUGAGGGCUGCCCCCUACUUCCUGGGCCUGGGCCUAUCAGCAUUCAGCCUGAGCGGCCUCCUAUCUGGACCACUUUUUGGCCACUGGUCCGAUAGAACACGAACCACAAAGAAGAUCAUCCUCUUUGCCAACCUCUUUGAAAUAGUUGGUAAUUUCAUGUACUUUUUGGGCUACUCCAAGUGGCUUUUACUGUCAAGCAGACUAGUGGCAGGGAUCGGCACAGGUGCUGGUUCGUCCAUUUUUGGCUUCCUGACCAGAAGCACGGCUCCGGAGGACAGGUCCACUGUAUUUGCUGCUGUCAUGGCCUGUCGGCAAGCUGGUCUACUGAUUGGCCCAGCAUUCAACAUUUUCCUCAGAUUGUGUGACUUUCAAAUUGGUCCUUUUGUGGUCAAUAAAUAUACUGCACCUGGGUUGUUCAUGUGCCUGCUGUGGAUUCUCCUCCAGCUGGCUGUGCUAUUCAUGUACUGGGACAUACCACCUCUAGAGAGGUGGCGAUGCAGGGAGGGUAUGGUGAGCACAGAGUGGGAGGUAGAGGGCGAGAGUGGGCCAGCAGGUGAAAAUGGGGAGGGUGAUGAGGACGAGGGUAAGCCACUUAUGGGGCCUCAGGAGCUGCUGGGGUCCUACGGCUCGCUGAUCACACCCGACCCGCCCAAGGACCGCACCUCUGGUUUCUCCAACGGCAGCCUGCAUCACGUCUCCCUGCACCCUCCCCCCUCACCGCCAGAGUUGGAUGAGUCUUCCAGCCCGUUGAAGAAGUUCAGCAUGAGCAGAGAGUUUAUGAGAGAAGAAGUGGUCGUGCUGCUGGCUGCUCAAUUUAUUACACUCUUCAAUCAGACUGCAUUGGAGACCAUGGUGACCCCACUAACCCAGAAGUACUUUAACUUUGGAGAGCUGGAGAACAGUGUGAUGUACUGUGUCUGCGGUGUGGAGGUGAUUGCAGGUUUCCUUUUUGUGCGAUGGCUUAGCCGGCGUGUGGCUGAGCGGGUGGUACUGGCGGUGGGCUUGAUCACCUGCAACAUUUCCUGCAUCUGGUGCCUCAUUUUCCUGGCGAAGCCUCUAGGUGGCUUCAAUUGGCAGCUGACAGAGUUCAUCAUAGGAGUGUUCCUGCAAGUCCUGGGGCUCCCAUUUGUAGCUGUAGCACAAGUCUCCCUCUUUUCCAAAGUCACCGCUGAGAGAACACAAGGUUUCAGCCAGGGUGUGCGUCGCUCUGUGGGAGGUCUUGCCACAAUCUUGGGCCCGCUGUGGGCCGGGGGGCUAACGGAGAACAUGUAUAUCAUGCUGGGGGUGAUGAUGGCUCUUCUGGUGCUGCUAACGAUGAUGAUGAUGUUCUCCUAUGACCGGCUAGUGGAGCCUGCUGUGGUGGAGCAUGCAGACAACUCAGAUGACUGUGGCUAAAUCAUGAGGUGCCUGGUACAGGAAGGAUGGACACAUGCAAACACAAGAGGCACCCAGCACCAAGACCCUCCAUGUGUCAGCCGCUGUGAGGCCCUGUGGCACCAGAGACCAGAGUGCACAAAUCUCACAUCCACCCGAGUGACACAAACACACACACACACACACACACACACACACACACACACACACACACCCUUAACUUUGUGGACAGAGGACUAUGUGAGACAAAUGCGGUAUAUAUAUUUCCUAUGGAAAUAUAGAAUCCUGCUGACACAGCGUGCAAGAUGCAGAUUACAUUAGGUGCUUAUAAAUGCCGACUACAAGUAACAACACAACUAUGAGCGUAUCCGUUUAUGCGCUGAGGCACUUAUUACUGAAAUAGAUGGUACAUGUCACACGAUGGAUGCAUAUACUAUGUCCUUACUGAGGGAGUGAAUGAAGCACCUGUUUAGAUGAUCACUUUCUGAAAGUAUUUACAGAUCAGUUAUUAUACCUCACUGUCAUCAUGUGCAAAAAAGGGCAAUCAUCAUUUGACUUUACAGAACCAGCAUGGACAAUUUACACAAGCCAAAUGCAUGUAAACUUGACCAACUACUUUGGCAGGUAUGUGGGCUUUUUUUUAAACAACUAGGCUUUUUUUUCUCUACUAACAAAAACAUUUACAAGGUAGAAUAUCAAAAGAAGCUUUUUUUUGGGGGGGGGGUUCACUUCAGCAUUAUGGCUGGUGGAGAAGUUGGUCUUCCACCCUCAACAAAACUAAUGGACUGUUGUGUGCUCACUGGGCACUGGGUUUCUUGUUAAAUAGUACCUCUUUUUCAACGCUGGUUGGAGCUCUUAUUCCUCCUCAGAGAAUGUUUUGCCAUCUUCACAAAUUUCUGUGGAUUCCCUAAAACUAAUGUUUAGUGGAAGCCCUGUAAGCCCAGGACUAUUCCCUACAGGACUGUGAACCCAUCAGAUGUAUUGACCUUUCCUGUGACGGGUGAAAUGGAAUGUGGUAAUGAUUGACGGGCACGUGGCUACAUAGUUUUAACCCUGUAACAUGGCCAUCAAGGACAAGAAAAGUCUCAUUUGGGAACACUUGCACAUGGAAAGUAAAUCAAUACUUUGUGACAAUAUCAAAAUGGAUCUGACGUUAUUUUUGGGUUAGAAUUAGAUGCUGAAAUGUGUCAUUUGGGACUAGCAGCAUUUGAAAUUUAGAUUAUUUAUUGAAUAUUCAUAUGGAAUUUUGUGAGAACCUAACCUGUUCAAUAACAGCCUUCCUUUGUACUCAAAGUAAAUCUUUAUCAGUCGGUACCGAUGUCUCUUUUUGUAAAAAGAAAAAGAAAAAGAUGCUGAAUAAACAUGAUAAUCACCGCUAAACUUCAUUUGCUUUGCACUUGUUCUUGACAGAUUUGUGCAUGUGUAUGUGUGUAGGUUUGGACUCCAACACCAGAAUAAUUUUGCUAUUUUGCUCCCUCUUUACGUUUUAAUGCAAUUUUUGCAGUAGCAAAUGUUCUUCCAUGUUAAAUAUUUAUUUACAUAUUUGAUGGCAUAAAUUAAUUCAAUAAUGAUUAAAUC